CCCCCCCCCCGAUGGGCGGGUCGAGGCUCCGCGGCGCGCCGCGUGACGUCACUGGGCAAAAGGGGGGCGUGGCCCGCGCCGAGACGUGGCAGUGACGUCAGCGCGCCGCCCGGGGGGCCGCGGAGCCGAGCGGCGCCGAACCGAGCGCGAGGCCCGCCGCAGGUGAUGAACGCGCGGCGCCGCCACGGCUCGAGGAACACGGAGCAGGGCGUUUACCUGGGGCCCCCCCAGACGCAGGCCGUGCCCCCUCAGCCCCCGCCCCCCCUCCCCCCCCCGGUCGCCGACGUCAUGUCGUGUCGCGACAGGACCCAGGAGUUCCUGUCCGCCUGCAAGUCGCUGCAGGGCCGGCAGCAGAAUGGGCUCCAGCCCAGCAGAGCGGCAGCGGGGGCCGCCCGGCAGCGCAGCGACUUCAGCCUCAUGGCCAAGCGCAUCGGGAAGGAUCUCAGCAACACCUUCGCCAAGCUGGAGAAGCUGACCAUCUUGGCCAAGAGGAAAUCCCUCUUCGACGACAAGGCGGUGGAGAUCGAGGAGCUCACCUACAUCAUCAAGCAGGAUAUCGGCAGCCUGAACAAGCAGAUCGCCCAGCUGCAGGACCUGGUGCGGGCGCGGGGCAGCCAGAGCGGGCGCCACGUCCAGACGCACUCCAACACUGUCGUGGUGUCCCUGCAGUCCAAGCUGGCCUCCAUGUCCAACGACUUCAAAUCGGUUCUGGAGGUGCGGACGGAGAACCUGAAGCAGCAGCGGAGCCGCCGCGAGCACUUCUCCCGUGCCCCCGUCUCCGCCUUGCCCCUGGCCGCCAGCAAUUUGGGGGGCUCGGCGAUGCUCCAGGAUGAGCCGCAGCGCACCGCCGACGUCGCCAUCGAGAUGGAUGCGCGGACGAGCCAGCAGCUGCAGCUGAUCGACGAGCAGGAUUCCUACAUCCAGAGCCGGGCGGACACGAUGCAGAACAUCGAGUCCACCAUCGUGGAGCUGGGCUCCAUCUUCCAGCAGCUGGCGCACAUGGUGAAGGAGCAGGAGGAGACGAUCCAGAGGAUCGAUGCCAGCGUGGAGGACGCGCAGCUGAACGUGGAGGCGGCACACGGGGAGAUCCUCAAGUACUUCCAGUCGGUCACCUCCAACCGCUGGCUGCUGGUCAAGAUCUUCCUCAUCCUCAUCGUCUUCUUCAUCGUCUUCGUCGUCUUCCUCGCCUGAGCAGCCCCCGGCCGGGCCCCCCCCUCCCCCCCAGCCCCCCAAAACCUUGUCCCUGGGGGGCCGGGACAGACAGACACGGCCACGCUGUGACCGCGGGGCUCACAUGGACAGCGGGGGACGGGGUUUAGGGGACACGCUGGGGCCUGAGGGUGCCCGUGGAGGACCUCGGAGCCCCCCUCGCCCCCCGGGGGGCAGCGCCCCGGCCCCCACCCCCCCCCUCCCUUUCUCUGCAGCUCCCCCAGCCUACGCCGAGGCCGGUCAUGGUGGCUGUGACCUCCUCCGGUCUGCACGGGGCCGCAGGGACCCCCCCCCGUGAGGAGCGGGGACCGCAUUAAAUCGAUGGGACCUUU